GGGGCAAAAAAAAACAGGCAGGUGUGGAGAUAACGGGGUAGACUGAGGGCGACGGCGUGACGUCACGCCAGGGGCUCAGCGACGAGUUCUAAAAAAGAAAGAAAAGGUGGAGAAAAAGAGAGAAAAACUCUGAAAGAAGAGUCCACAGAAAGGAAUGUUUUGGAAAAGAGGGCGCCAACAUCAGAGCGCCGUUUUUUUCCCGAGCCUGCUGCUCGCUGGCGGUCUAAUCACAACCUAGCAGAUCUGCCUCGCUGAUGAUAUUGAUGAAGCGGCGCUGAUACGGAGCUCCACCGGGACUGAGGUAACAGAUGAGAGAGGACGGGAGUGUGAAGCUUAAACGGACACUUCGUUUCCCACGAAAGCCUGAGAGAGCCGAGGAGGAGCAGCUCGAACUGGGGAAGGAAUGCAUGGAAAGACUAACAGAUAGCUGCAUGCGGAGCAUGGAGGUGAAAGGCCAGCGCAGACCCGAACACGCCUCUCUCAGGCAGUGCCUGGUGGCUCCUCUAUGAACGAUGGCCCGGCAGAACUCUUCCCCAUUCAGGUACGGCUUCGACCUGGGCGGCCAAUUCCAGGACCUGCGCCCCCUGGGCACGGGCGUUUCCGGCCUGGUCCUGUCGGCACUGGACCGACGCAGCGGGCAGAGGGUGGCUGUGAAGAAGUUGGUGCUGCGGGAUGCUGUCAGCCUAAAGCACGCUCUGCGUGAGGUGAAGAUCACACGGAGGCUCCAGCAUGAGAAUGUGGUGAGGGUGUACGAGGUGCUGGGGCCGUAUGGCCGGCCGCUGCCCCGUGACCUCACCCAACUCACGGCUAUAUACAUAGUGCAGGAGCUGAUGGAAACAGACCUGGGUCGCAUACUGGAGCGGGGGCCGUUGCCGGUGGAGCACGCCACCCUGCUCUUCUACCAGCUCUUGCGAGGCCUCAAGUUCAUCCACUCGGCAAACGUGCUGCACCGCGACCUGAAGCCAGCCAACAUCUUCAUCAACACCGAACAGCUGUUUCUGAAGAUUGGAGACUUUGGGCUGGCACGCAUUGUAGACCCUCAUUACUCUCACAAGGGCUAUCUCUCUGAGGGCAUGGUGACUAAGUGGUAUCGCUCCCCUCGUCUGCUGCUGUCCCCAAACAACUACACUAAGGCCAUCGACAUGUGGGCUGCCGGAUGCAUCCUGGCUGAGAUGCUGACAGGACGCACACUCUUUGCAGGUGCUCACGAGCUGGAGCAGAUGCAGCUGAUUCUGGACACGGUGCCCGUACUGAGGGAAGAGGACAGGCAGGAGCUGCUGAAGGUCAUGCCCUUUUACGUCAGCCGUGGCUGGCGGGUCAGGAGAUCGCUGCGGGAGCUGCUGCCCGAGGUGGAGGACGAGGCUGUAGACUUCUUGGAGCGGAUCCUGACCUUUAACCCGAUGGACCGGUUGACAGCAGAGGCCGCUCUGUCUCACCCAUUCCUCAGGCACUAUUCCUGUCCCCAAGACGAGCCUGUGUCCCUGCAGCCCUUCCGCAUAGAGGACGAGCUGGAGGACAGCCUGGUCAGCGAAAACAGCUACCCGCUCAGCGGCCGCUGGGACAGUCUUUCAUCAGACCUGUGCUGGCAGCAGCAGGAACCGUGUGGGUGUAUGCAGAGCGUGUCUGAGCUGGGAGAGGCUGAGGAAGACGAGGUACAGCGAGACCCCCGGGCCACUUCAGCCUCCGUCAUCGAGGAAGCCCAAGUGGACCCACGCAAAUACUCGCACAGCAGCUCAGCCGAACGUUUCCUGGAGCAGUCCCACUCUUCUUUGGAUAGAGUGUGCGGUCACUACAUGGAGCUGGACUGCGGACGUUCCUGCGACUACAAAGUGGGCUCUCCGUCCUACUUGGAUAAGAUAGCGUGGCGAGAAGGGAAGCCGCAGCACUAUUCGGAGCCCAAGCUGAUACUGGACUUGUCUCACUGGAAGCGCAAUGCCCUCCCAGGGCCCAGAGGGGGCAGCGUCGAGCAGGUUCCUCCAGAGGAACCUGCGAAUUUGUUCAAAGAAAUCUCACGCUGGGUGGAGAGCACACAGUCAGGCCUCCACUCUCCAGGUUCACCUCAGGAACCUCCCAACUCCCCUUGUUCUCCUCCUUUGCCCCUUUCCCCAACUUUACUCCCUCAUUCCCUCGCCCAAACACGGCCUCCUUCAAUGCUGCACACGUCUAAUCUUCUCCACCAGCAUAGUCGGAGAAGUCCUAUUCCUUUCUUUACUUCUCCUCCCUCUCUGCUACCUUCCUCGCCUUCUUCUCCCACUCCAGGUCCAUCCAACACAUUUCAAAGCAACCCUCAACCUUCACCUUCACUCCCCUAUACCGGAGAAGAACAUUCACCCUUUGACUUGGAUGUGUUCAUCUCACAAGCACUAAGACUGUGUAGUCAAGGUGAUGAAGCCGAUUCUUCCAAGCAAGGCAAUGUUAGCUGCACUUCUGGCCUCUCGGACCACAAACCGUCCAGAACUCAAACCUCAACGUCGGAGAUGGUCAAGGCUCAAGGCUGCCACAAAGAGCACUGGUAGAGGAGUGUGGAGCAUGGCGAAGGACCUACAGUAGGUUUCUUCAGUUUGUGAGAUUUCUUAGUGCUGCUCUUGCAAGUAUGCAUAGAUUUAUGAAUGUGUGACUUGCUCAAGAUAAUACACAAACCAUUGUUUUGCGAAUGCUGAUUAUGAACCUAUAAUGGAAACAUAUCUGAAUGUAUUUUCAUGGUUCUUUUAAGAUCCUUUUUAAAGGCACCCUGGUAAACAAUCUCUGAAAUUCAGAAAUUCUGACUGUUUUUAACUCAAACUUCAUACGCUCUGCAGAGGAGUUACUUUUUAUACAGCUCUAUUCUUCACCUUUGCAAUAGUACCCAGAGGAGGUUUGUCUGUUGGAUGGCUAUUUCCAAUGUUUUCACUCAAUAAACUUAUUCUUUAUAA